CAACCCCAGCCAUGUGCAGCAGUGGUGUUCGCAAAUGCAGAAUUUUUUGAGGUUAUAUAUAUUCAGUUUUUGUUAUUAUUAUCGGCAAGAAAAGCAUUCAUACAGACUCCUAGCACAUAAAAACGUUUUAUAAGUAUGCUGUAGACGCAGGAUCGAAUCAAAUUAUUAGACUCACCAGCCAGAUGCGACUGUGUGUCAAUGAUGGUGGGGUAAUGGUCCUCAACAGUGCAGUUUUCAGAGUGACAUGGCUUGGUACGGAAAGGAUGCAAUUGUUGCAACAACCAGCAAUGCGUACAGUGGUACAUGGCAGCCUGGUGACCAGCCAACCCUGGCACAAACUGGGGCUAGCUCACAGGGACUGAAGUCAUGGCCACAGUCCACAAGUGAGCAAAAUAUAGGUGCAAUAGGAACGGGUUCCUGGAUUGUACAACAACCUGCCCAGGGGAGUGCUGCCAAUUUACUCGGAGUGCCUGCUCAAAAUCCAAGAUUUCCAGCACCAGUUUCUGGGUCUUGUGCCUCUAUGAGUACCCCACCAAUUAUGAACACUGAUCAAUUAUCCAUUAGUUCUUCGCUGAUGGCUGUUCCUCCAGUGCAAAGUAAUGACAUGUUAAAAUUUCCACAACCCAAUAUAUCAUGCAACACAGGGGUGCCAUUAGCACCUGGAGGUGGAUUUGAAAAAACUCUGACACCCCCGUCCAAUAUUUACAUGUCAGAGACUUCUGGUGGCAGAAUAGUGGACUGGCAGCAUAGUAUUCCCAAUGUUAUGCCGUGGGCAGCUAGAGCACCCUCUUCAUUGAGUUAUGUCAAUAUUGAUUGUGAAAGCAGCAGUCUUGGAGGACGGCAGUUACAGAAGAAACGCAAGGCUGAUGAUAUGGAAUUUCCGCAACCCCCAGGAAAAGAACAAGCUACUGAAGAAAAAAUGACAGCCAGAAUGAAUGAGCUGACCCUGGAUGCUUCCAUUUCUCCUGCUGUCCAAGUAUCAGAGACUACAAUUAUGGAGUCAAGCACAAGUGAUGAAAAGGAAAAAGAAGAACAAGAAAAGAUGAGAGUUGAAGUAAACAUUUCACCAGAAGUGCUGAGGUCUAUAGAAAGAGACAAACCAUUGCUUCCAAGGAAGAUUCUAGAGCAAAUAAUGGUGGCAGAGUUACCUCCUUCCAUGGAAAUGGUGCUGUGGCAGCCUCCAGGAGAUUUCAUCAAAAAAGUUGUGAGAAAGGACAUACAGCACAGAAAAGCUGCAAACACAGGCAGGAGCACGUUUGCUGAAGGGACCUGCCCACUGGCAUCUGAAGGGCUUCCUUGUGACUUUCACAUGGCUGACAUUUCUGUGCAAUCAAAGGGUGCUGAUAUGUUAGAUGCAGAGGAGAUGGAGAAUGACAUGGAUUUACAGUGAAGCUAUGUGCUGUGAAUUUGUGAAGUACUUCAUAGUAGUCAGGUAGCGGACAGAGAUUGGCAUGGAAUAUAUAGUUACAUGAUUAGAACUUUAUCAUGUGAUGUCUAUGAAGAUUAUGACAACUACAGACUUUUUGAUUAUAUUCAUUUUUUACGACAGAAAUAUGAAGAACAGAAGUAGCAAGAUCAGCUAGAAUUUCCUUAGGAUGAAAUAUGAUGUAAAGAACCUGAUGUAAAUGUCUAUGGAGACAUGGUCCCAAUUAUUUGACAAAUAACACCAGAUAUGAAAUCUUCGUCAUUUUUAUAAGCAUUGGGGUACUAACUAUUUGACAGUUUUUAAAUGUAAUUUUUUUAAAGCCAUUAUCAAAUUACUUUUGAAGGUUUACUUUUUUACUGCUUGAAAACAUUUGUUUUGGAAGAUGUAUUAUGUAUUAAGGACU